AUGGCAGAUGUUGUUGUUGACGCAAUGAUAGCUGAGGCAGUAAGAUUUGACCGGGCCUUGUUUGCGGGAGAUCUUCAGUCAAUAUCUUGGUCUUCUAUGGCUUUGGGAGGAAUAUGUGGGAGUUUACCUAUGUCUUGGUUUUUCCUUGCUCACAUUACCAUUCCUAAUCUUUCAACCGUCAUCUUCUACUAUGAAACCGAGGUUUUAAAGUUGGAAGCUUCUUUCCUUGGGACUGCACGGGUUGUUGGUUGGUUGGGACUUAUGCUGGGAACCUUCAUCUAUAAUCGUCACCUAAAGUAUAUGACCCUACGAAAAAUCCUCAUGUGUGCCCAGAUUGGAUUGGCUUUCUUGAGUCUUCUGCAGGUUGUCGUAGUUUCUAGGAAAAAUAUUGCCUUUGGCAUCUCAGACAAGAUUAUGGUGCUUUUUGGCUCAGCUCUUGCUGAUGGAAUCAAUCAAUUCAAGUUUAUGCCUUUUCUGAUCUUAUCUGGACAACUAUGUCCUCCAGGAAUUGAAGGAACUUUAUUUGCACUUUUCAUGUCAAUAAACAACUUUGGAAGCACACUUGGGUCUUUUGUGGGUGCUGGUUUGGCUUCUGUGUUGAACAUUGAUUCAGGAUCAUUUGACAAUCUUCUCUUGGGCAUCAUACUUCAUGCCUUGUGCAAUUUCAUCCCAGUUGUUUUUCUGUUUCUGAUACCAAAGGAAGCUACUGGUUCAUCAACAUAG